AGACGGGAUACAGGGUCAUCGAUACACUGUGCAUCAACAAAUUUCCCUUCUCCUGCGAGACUCAGCCUGGCGAGCACGAUUGCUUGGCGACUGGUUGGCGACUUUGCUUCGGGAGAGUUCGUGGCGAUCUCUUUAGACGGGUUACAGGGUCAUCGAUACGCCGUGCAUCAACAAAUUUCCCUUCUCCUGCGAGACUCAGCCUGGCGAGCACGAUUGCUUGGCGACUGGUUGGCGACUUUGCUUCGGGAGAGUUCGUGGCGAUCUCUUUAGACGGGUUACAGGGUCAUCGAUACGCCGUGCAUCAACAAAUUACCCUUCUCUUGCGAGACUCAGCCUGGCGAGCACGAUUGCUUGGCGACUGGUUGGCGACUUUGCUUCAGGAGAGUUCGUGGCGAUCUCUUUAGACGGGUUACAGGGUCAUCGAUACACCGUGCAUCAACAAAAUCAGUCACAUGGAGCAGAUGAACUCUCCACAGUGCCAAGCCCACACGGGCGAGAAGCCAUUCCAUUGUUCUGUGUGUGUGAAGGCAUUUUCACGGAAAUCAACUCUUAGCAGACACCAGAAAACACACACGGGCGAGAAGCCAUUCAAUUGUUCUGUGUGUGUGAAGGCAUUUUCACGGAAAUCAACUCUUAGCAGACACCAGAAAACACACACGGGCGAGAAGCCAUUCAAUUGCUCUGUGUGUGGGAAGGAAUUUUCACAGAAAUCACAUCUUCAGAGUCACCAGAAAACUCACACGGCAGAGAAGCCAUUCAAGUGCUCUGUUUGUGGGAAGGCAUUUGCGGAUGAAUCAGCUCUUAACAGACUGAUCACGGGUUACAGGGUCAUCGAUACACCGUGCAUCAACAAAAUCAGUCACAUGGAGCAGAUGAACUUUCCACAGUGCCAAGCCCACACGGGCGACAAGCCAUUCCAUUGUUCUGUGUGUGUGAAGGCAUUUUCACGGAAAUCAACUCUUAGCAGACACCAGAAAACACACACGGGUGAUAAGCCAUUCAGGUGCUCUGUGUGUGGGAAGGCAUUUGCACGGAAAACAAUUCUUCACAGUCACCAGAAAACUCACACGGGCGAGAAGCCAUUCACUUGCUCUGCGUGUGGGAAGGCAUUUGCAUGGAAAUCAAAUCUUCACAGUCACCAGAAAACUCACACGGGAUGACUGGAUGUAGUGGAGGUAAUGAGUCCUGGCAACAAUUACUCUUUCGACCUC